CAGAUGUUUUCUUGUGCUAAAGUGUUCUUAAUAUAAUAUAAAUAUACGAAAAUAAAUAAAAGACUACCGAAAAAUGGCCCUUAACGGGUUCUUAGACUUUUUCCAAAAGGGAAAGACUUUUAGGCCAAAUAAAAGAUUUACGGCCGGUACCAUCCGCUAUUCACUUCAUAAACAGGCCCAGGCUAGUUUGAACUCUGGAAUCAAUUUACGUCAAGUGGUACGAUUACCGGAAGGCGAGAAUAUGAAUGACUGGUUAGCAGUGCACGUUGUUGACUUCUUCAACCGCAUCAAUCUCAUUUAUGGCACUGUGUCUGAAUUUUGCAAUGAAACCACCUGUCCGACAAUGUCUGGUGGCUCGAAAUAUGAAUACUUGUGGGUGGACGGAGAUGUAUACAAGAAACCCACUGCGCUGCCUGCACAAAAAUAUAUUGAGUUGCUAAUGGAUUGGAUAGAGACUCAAAUUAACAAUGAAGCAAUAUUUCCCGUCUCUACAGAUGUUCCUUUUCCUAAAUCAUUUAGCUCACUAAGUCGAAAAAUUUUAACACGAUUAUUUCGGGUCUUCGUACAUGUUUACAUCCAUCAUUUUGAUAGAAUUGUGACCAUCGGUGCGGAAGCACACGUGAAUGCUUGCUAUAAGCAUUUUUAUUACUUUGUCCAGGAAUUUGAGCUGAUAUCUGCGAAGGAAUUAGAGCCACUGCAGGAAAUGACUUCCAGAAUCUGUAAAGAUAAAGAUCAAUAGUUGCGCAGGCAUAAAGCUAACUAUUAUAUAUAUCUCUAUAUAUAGAACCAUUAAUCUCAAGUCAUAAUUUUAUAUUGCUUUUACAUUUAGUUGAUAUAUAUAUGUAUAUGAUUGUGUGUUAGCUAUAAGUCUGUUAUGUCAAAAAGUAUACAAUAAAAUAGAUCCAGAGAGUGUGUUGCCAAACAAC